AUGGGAAAAUCGCUGUCCAGCGCAACCAACAAGCUUCAGCAGCUAGCAAAAGUCACCGCCUUCAACGCAGCGAAAAAGGCUAAAAUCCCAACGCAGCCGCCGCCGCCUCCUACGCCGCGGAGGAUUAUAAGCGAAGACAAAUCCAAUCCUAGGAAGAAGAUGGAGUGCUCCAGCGCCAGUCAACGCCUGCCUCUCUCCGAGGUUGUCUCCGAUUGCCUCAAGCGUUGGUUCAAAGACACUCUCAAAGAAGCCAAAGGAGGUGAUGUUAACAUGCAGGUCCUUGUCAGUCAAAUGUAUUAUAGCGGUUAUGGUGUUCCCCGAGAUGCCCAAAAGGGAAGAAUUUGGAUGACAAGGGCAUCGAGGCUUCGGUCUUCUGUUUGGAAAGUCAGCGAUAAGCGUCCAGGUUAUAAUGCAAGCGAUUCGGAUUCAGACGAAAUCAAGGGCGAUUCUUGAGUUAACAUGCUGUGGUCUGCAUUUCGAACAUUUAGAUUGUGAGUUAACAUACUGUGGGAAUACUAUAUUUCGAUGUUUAGAGUGCCUUAUGUUCUCGUUUGGUCUUCUUUGCAUAUAACUGGCAUUUUUCCCUACGCCGAACAUCUUAUAAAAUAGUCCUAAGUUUUUCUGCUGCCCAUUGGUUACACAAUUUAGUUCACCAUCCUCAACUCUGGUGUAGAUUUCAUCUCAGAAUGCUGAAGAUGCAUUUGUUUUUCUUCUCGUGUUAGAUUUAACAUUUUAUAUUCUUACUUUCUUAGACUUGUACUCAGUUCUUUCAUGUAAUAUUUGGGAAUGGAUAAUAAAUAAUCUAGUUAGUUCUUUUUUUCUCUCUUUGGAUAAGUAAUAUUUUUAAUUCAUCCAAGAGGCAAAAACUGCUACAAUUUACAUCUUUCUUAUAAGCAAACCCUAAAACUCUCUUAUGCCUAUACAGCAAUCCUUUUACCCCAGGAAGUGCAUACUUGGUUAUUUACAUGAUUAUCAGCACAUUUUCUAGAACUUGAUGUCCCAUC